AUGGAACCUUCCGAAUUGACUCCAAACUUUGAGUAUAUUAGAUAUUUUGAUGGAUAUGAAAAAAUUAUGUACACUUUUAUUGUGAUACUUCGUGGUGAGUUUGAACUAACUUCAGAAAUACCAAAUGUAGAAGAAUAUUUAAAAAAGAAACUUCCUCCUCUUUUCAAUGAAUUUGAUAUUACCAGACUCUCUGUUUGCACAUUGAAAGGCAAACCAUGUUUUGUCAAAUCAACACUUCCCCCACUUAUCAAAACCGUUCCAUUUGAUUUACUCGGCGAUUACUCGUGCAACCAAAAAGUUGUGACGGUGAAAGCACCUCUCGAAUUAUUCAAAGAAUGGAAGAGUGGUAUGCCCUUAGCAAUGGUUUUUGUCUCAUCAUUCAAUUCUGUGAUUCGUCUUCAUAUAUGUUGUUCCCACAGUCUUUCUGAUGGUAGAACAAUUGAAGGGCUGUAUCGAAUUGUUGCACAUUUAUUAGACGAAAACAUACCUCUUCCAAUUAACUCCAAACAAGCAGAUUUUGGCCAACAAAAUUUGUUCCCCAAAUUAACAAAGAGUGAAGCAACAACAAUACUUCCUUUUGUUCUUGCUUUACCCAAAUCCCCACGAAUUAAUCCACCGGAAGAAAACAUUGUUUUUUCUGAUAUUUCUGAUUAUCUACAAUAUUCAUACGCAGAGAUAAGUGCAUUUUGUAAAGUGCACAAGGUGGGAGUGCAGGCAAUAAUGAUGUGUGCUUAUCAAAGGGGAAUGAGAAAACAUUUCAAUGUUAAAAACGAAGUUCCUUUAGUUGGACACAUUCCUGUAGAUUCCCGAACAAGUUUAUAUGCUUCAGAAGAAAUGAAACAAAGAGAACUCUUUUGUGGAAGCGCUGCUUUCUUUCCAACUUUAACAUCUAAAGAUGAUUUUAUUGAAGAAAUAACUGAGUGUAACAAUUCAAUAAGAGAAACACAACAAAGUAAUGAAAGUGCCAUUUUUGUUACUUAUUUAGGAAGUCGAGUCAAUGCAGAUAAUGGAAAUGAUAAUACAACCCAAUUAGAUUUUUCGACUGACAUGCCAUUUGUUGGGGUGUCAAAUAUUGGCUGUUAUAAAUAUGUAACAAGACCACGUGUGUGUUGUGUCAGUGAGUCAAAGAAACUUUUAACUACAAUCAUUUACGGAUAUAAAGAAGAGUCUAUUUUAAAUGUCUAUUGGAAACGUUCAGAACCGAUGCCGCAAAAUAUGCUUGAUACAAUCAUUGAGCAAUUUGAUGAUAUAUUCACAAAAAUUGGAUCAAAAAGAGUUUAA